UUCUCUCUCUAUAUAUCAUUGAGAAGAUUAGUAGAAAACUGAACAUUUGACAUCCAAAUCAUUAAAGGAGAAUUUGGAAAUUGUUCUGUACUUUGGCGGUUGGCAGGCUUGUACAGGCAGAAGAAGCAUCUCCAAGUUUGUAACCAUGGAGGAGGCACAUUUUAGCAUAGGGAAUAAGAACAAGGUUGUAGUGAUAUGUUUGCUGUUAUUCCUGUUUAUUAUGGAAAUACCAUUCUCUCAUGGCAUAAGAAUUGGUAUUUCUCAAAACAAUCUCCAAGUUAACAAACACUUGCAGCUCUUGAACAAACCUGCCAUCAAAUCCAUCAAGAGCCCAGAUGGAGAUAUAAUUGAUUGCAUCCAUAUCACUCAACAGCCUUCUUUUGAUCAUCCUCUCUUCCAAAACCACACAAUUCAGAUGAGACCAAGUUAUCAUCCAGAUGGGUUGUUGUUUGGUGAAAAUAAGAUGUCAAUUGGGAAGAAAUCAAGAGGAUUGAAUCAAUUAUGGCAUAGGAAAGGGAAAUCAUGUCCAGAAGGGACUAUUCCAGUCAGAAGAACAACAGAAGAUGAUGUUUUCAGAGCAAGUUCUAUAAAGAGCUAUGGGAAGAAGAUGAAAAUGAAGAUGAAGAACAAGUAUACUAGAACAACAACAGUAUCUGAACCUGCAAAAUCUGCUGAGCCUGAUAUAAUCACUCAAAGUGGCCAUCAGCAUGCAAUAGCAUAUGUUGAAGGAGGAGAAAAGUAUUAUGGAGCAAAAGCAACUAUGAAUGUAUGGGAACCUCAAAUACAGGAAACAAAUGAAUUUAGCUUAUCUCAAAUAUGGAUUCUUGCUGGUUCUUUUUCAUCUGAUCUAAACAGUAUUGAAGCUGGCUGGCAAGUCAGCCCAGACUUAUAUGGAGAUAACAAUACAAGACUCUUCUCAUAUUGGACAAAUGAUGCUUAUCAGGCAACAGGAUGUUACAAUCUGCUUUGUUCAGGGUUUAUACAGAUCAAUAGUGAUAUUGCAAUGGGUGCUUCUAUCUCCCCUCUUUCUACUUACAAUGGAAACCAAUAUGAUAUUACCAUUCUUAUUUGGAAGGACCCGAAAGAAGGAAAUUGGUGGAUGCAAUUCGGGGAUAAUCAUGUAAUAGGAUAUUGGCCAUCGUUCUUAUUUACUUACUUAACCGAUAGUGCAUCAAUGGUAGAAUGGGGAGGAGAGGUUGUGAACAUGGGAGAAGACGAUCAACACACCACAACUCAAAUGGGAAGUGGUCAUUUUCCAAAUGAAGGAUUUGGAAAAGCUAGCUACUUUAGGAAUAUUCAAAUUGUUGACGGUACUAACAAACUUAGGCAACCGCAGGGAAUUGAAACUUUCACGGAGCAAUCGGAUUGCUACGACGUUAAAUUGGGACGAAAUGGCGAUUGGGGUAAUUACUUUUAUUAUGGUGGACCUGGAAGAAACUCUAAUUGCCCUUGACCAAAAGAAAUAUUAAAAUAGGAGUGUUCAUAUUAUUAUUCAAAUUCUCAUUUGUAGGAUUAAUUGAAUUGAUUAUAUAGACUUUUGUUUAGUAUAGUGGUCAUGGUGGGUAUUAGAUUA